GAUUGUCUGAAGUCACGUUUUCUUUCUGUUGCAUAGCCGUAACCUUUUUCUGCUCAAUUUUUGGUUAAAGCUCUCAAAAAGGCUAUAACCCUCAUCUCUUCUCCAUGGCUAUAUAUACAAUUCAACACAUCCUUGCAAUUUCAUUGCUAAGCCAACAAAGAAAAUCAAGAAUUCCCGACUUUGGUAACCCUUUUCUUGAUUUAUAGUAGGUUUAGAUAUUAUGGGUGCAAGAAAUAUAAUCUUGUUUGCCGUUUCAUUAGUGCUAGUUUUUAAGAUAGCUGAAAGUUUGGAUUACCAAGAAGCAGACUUAGCGUCGGAAGAGAGUCUUUGGAACUUGUACGAGCGGUGGAGAAGCCAUCACACAAUCUCUCGUAGCCUGACAGAGAAAAAGCAGCGAUACAAUGUGUUCAAGGAAAAUUUGAAGCAUAUUCAUAACGUUAACCAGAAGGAUAAGCCUUAUAAAUUGAGAUUGAAUAAGUUUGCGGAUAUGACUAAUCAUGAGUUCUUGCAACAUUAUGGAGGCUCUAAGGUUAGCCACUUCAGGAUGCUACAUGGGUCUCGUCAGAAAACUGGGUUUAGCCACCACAACACUGAUCUUCCACCUUCCGUUGAUUGGAGAAAGAAAGGAGCAGUCACUGGUGUAAAGGAUCAAGGCAAAUGUGGUAGCUGUUGGGCAUUUUCAAGUGUGGCAGCAGUGGAGGGUAUUAACAAAAUCAAAACAGGAGAAUUAGUUUCUCUAUCAGAGCAAGAGUUGGUUGAUUGCAGCUCUGCCAACCAUGGCUGUGAUGGAGGAUUAAUGGAACAGGCAUUCAAGUUCAUUAAGAAAAUUGGUGGAAUAACCGCAGAGACUACCUAUCCUUAUACUGCUAGAGAUGGAUCCUGUGACUCAAACAAGAUGAAUGCUCCUGUUGUGCAAAUUGAUGGAUACGAAAUGGUGCCAGAAAACGACGAGAAUGCAUUGAUGAAAGCUGUUGCUAACCAACCAGUAUCUAUUGCAAUAGAUGCAGGCGGAAAAGAUAUGCAAUUCUAUUAUGAGGGAGUAUUCACUGGAGAUUGCGGGACAGAGCUAAACCAUGGGGUAGCACUUGUGGGAUAUGGCACAACACUAGAUGGCACAAAGUAUUGGAUAGUGAAGAAUUCAUGGGGAAGUGAUUGGGGAGAGAAUGGUUACAUAAGAAUGGAAAGAGGGAUUGAUGCAGAAGAGGGACUGUGUGGUAUAACUUUGGAGGCCUCUUACCCUAUCAAGAAUAGCUCAGACAACAAGAAAUCACCCGAUUCUCGCAGAGAUGAACUCUAAAUUUGAUUAUAUCUAUCUAUAUAUAUAUAUGCCUCAAUAACUUAAGGACCUAAAAGGAGAGUUUUUAAAUUUAAUUACCGCUUUCUCUUUUAGUAUUAAUUAAGUUGAAGUUGGAUUUCUUUGCCAUCUCUUUUGUUAUAUAUAGUUCAAUGAUUUGAAUUCCAAAUAAAACCAAUGCUUUCUCUCAA